AUGACAUCGGGAAUGGAGAGAAAGCUGAAUGCUGGAAAGGCGGGAAAGUCUGGGAAAGGGAGCGAAGGACAGUUUCAGCAGACGCGGUCGUCAGGACACUCUCUAGUCCUCAACAUAAAGGAAACUCGUAAACACACACACACUACACAAAGUUGUGGUGUGAGUCAGCGGGGUGAUGGUCCCAGGAAGACAGAGAAAACCACCAAUAUUCCUCCUACGAAAGACAAAGGCAGAAGAGAAAAGGCAAAUAAGGUAAAAGAGAAGACCAAAGUGAAACAGCGAACUAAUAGUCCCCAAAAAGUGCACAAAACAAACGAACACAAAAGCAAUAGCCCCUCCCGUUCACCCGUCCGAGAACCCCCAGAUAAAAGUGACACAGAAAGAGACACGUCGGAGUCCGAGUCUGUGAGUAAUAAUAGUAAAGAGGUGAGUGUCGCGUCCUCACCUUCUCGUCGACGUCAGCAGCUCAGACACCCAUCAAAGGACGAUAAACAAGAAUCAAGUUCUUCCUCAACCAAAACUACAGCGCUUCCAGCAUCCUCCGAACCUUUAGCUUUAACUAGAACAAGUAAUCUAAGGGAUCCUAAACCUCCGAAGGAACCCGAGAAAGAUCAGAAGGAUCCCUCUGAAAUGGGUCAAUACCCCAGGGACGCUCUGCUCUCUCGGUGGAUCGAGUGCAGAUCUGGAAAAUUCGGUGGUAGUUCACAGUCGCUUUCCAGUGGUCAGUCUCGACCCCUCAUGUCCCACAAGUUGAAGCCGUCACCGUUCCAGAACCUCAUGGCGGCACAAGAACUCCUCAAGAACCAGAAAGACUCAGAAAGGGCAGAUAAGAUAAACACGGAAGCUUCUAGUGAUUCCAGUGACUCUUCAGGUGCUACACAAAAGAAGACUAAAAGAUGGUGA